GAGCUUCCUCUUUUUUCAACAGAGGACUCUACGUAUAUGGAGAACGAUGACGACCGCGUUGAGUAUGUGCUGACUCAACAAGGCCUGAUCUACCAAGGAUCGAAGGACUACAUCAUCCCCAACCCCUGGAACUUCGGACAGUUUGAAGAAGACAUUUUGGACAUCUGCUUGCAGUUGUUGGACAACAACCCCAAGUUCCUCCUCAACCAAGACAAGGAUUGUUCUCGACGCAACAGUCCCGUCUACAUCAGCAGGGUGGUGAGCGCCAUGGUCAACUGCAACGAUGACAAAGGCAUUCUCUUCGGACGCUGGGACAACCGCUAUGGUGACGGGGUCAGCCCCAUGACCUGGAGUGGCAGCGUGGACAUCCUUCGCAGGUGGCAGAAGGACGGAUGCCAACCGGUUCGGUACGGGCAAUGCUGGGUCUUCGCUGCAGUGGCCUGCACAGUGCUCCGUUGUCUUGGGAUCCCGACUCGUGUGGUGACCAACUUCAACUCUGCCCACGACACGAAUGGGAACUUGAUCAUCGAGCAAUAUUUGGACGAGAAUGGGAAGCUGCAGCGGGCGACUCGAGAUCGCAUCUGGAAUUAUCACUGCUGGGUGGAAUCUUGGAUGACCCGUCCAGACCUUCCUAGCGGCUAUGACGGCUGGCAAGCCUUGGACCCAACUCCACAGGAAAAGAGUGAAGGAGUCUACUGCUGCGGGCCAAUUCCAGUGAAAGCUGUCAAGGAUGGACAGCUGGAUUUCAAGUACGAUGCGAAGUUUGUGUUUGCCGAGGUGAACGCCGAUGUUGCCUUCCUGAUGCUCCAGAGCGACAUGUCCCGGAAGAAGACCCUGCACCCCAACCUGGUGGGCAAGAAGAUCAGCACCAAGAGUGUGGGGAAGGACACCAAAGAGGACAUCACGCACACCUACAAGCAUCGCGAAGAUUCGGAGGAGGAGAAAGCCUCUUUCGAGAAGGCGAAGCAUGAGAAGAUCCAGACCCCACAAGAGGAAGGUUUGUCCCUCAGGAUCAAGGCUUCUGAGGGGAUGAACAACGGGUGCGACUUCGACAUCUUUGUGGUCGUCAACAACAACACCCCCGAGGAGCGGCUCUGCCGGCUGAAGAUUUCGGCCGCGACUGCCAGCUACAAUGGGGAAUUGGGCCCCGAAUGCGGCUACAAGGACCUGUUGAAUGUCAACCUGCAGCCCAACGCAGAAAAGUCGGUGCCCUUGCGCAUCCUCUACGAGAAAUACGCUGGCUGCCUCACCGCGGACAACAUGAUCAAAGUCACAGCAGUCCUGCAGCAGGCAGAAAAUCAGAAGAUCCUGCUCCAAGUGCGGGACUUCCACGUCAAGAACCCCGACAUCAAAAUCCGGGUGUUGGGCGAGCCGAUGCAGAAGCGCAAACUGGUGGCCGAGCUGACCCUGACCAACCCCCUCCCCACCGCCCUGACCGGCUGCAUCUUCAUGAUGGAGGGGGCCGGACUGACCGCGGGACAGAAGGUCCAGGAGCUAGAUACGCCCGUCGAACCUGGGGAGGAAGCGAAAGCGAGGAUCGAUUUCGUACCCCAACAAUCCGGCCUGCGGAAGCUGGUGGUGGAUUUCGAAAGCGUCCAACUGAAAGGGGUCAAGGGCUACCGGAAUGUCAUCAUCGCCCCCCUGCGCAAAUAAAACCAGAAUCACACACACACACACACCCGACUGAAAAAGCCAACGACUCCAGGAGACCCUCCCAGCUGCCAGGGGUGGGGGGCAGGGGUCUCUUUCUCUCUGCACCUGUAGCUGCACCCCCAGAUGCUUCUAUGCUUCUGCCACCACCCCCCCGAGACUGACCCUUGGACCCUGCCCUGCCUCACAGCUGGUUGGAGGGCACCCCAAACGCCCGAGAGUUGACGGGCUGCCAUUGGGGGAGGGGUUGCAAGUCCUCUACUCCGGAGGUGCACACGGGAGAAGCGCCCCCUUUGGGAUGUGACUCCGAGGGGGUGCCCUGCCCUGCCAGACUACCCACACACACACACUUUGUGUGUCCUUGAGAUCCUGCUAAGAUGUUGGCCACCAUUUCUGGUCACCUGGGAUGGCUGGGAGGUGAGGUCAGGCUGAAGGGGAGGGAUUAUCUUAGGGCAGGGGAGGGUCCCAUGUUGGCAACUUUAAGACUUAUGGAUCUCAAGACUAGUGAACUUCAACUCCCAGAAUUCCCCA